AUGUUUGGAUUGUCAGUGUUUUAUAUUGGUUCCAAUACACUUCAAGUGGUGUCUAGAACAUUGGUUUUGGAUAUUAUUCCGAUUGAACAUCAACACCCAUGUGCUCUUAUGUUUAUUACACAUUCGGCACUUGCAAAAACACUUGCCCAUUUCACAUUUUUCUUAGUGAAUGUCGCAACUGAAUUUGAAUCAGACAGCCAAUACACCGCAAAUUGUAUUGCCCUUUUGAUCUUGUUUGUGGUUGAUUUGAUACUGGUCCCCGUCUCGAGUUUCACAACGUUUUUUACAGCGACGGAAAGUUAUUCAUUCUCAGAAACUUCGAUAGAGAAUAAGCGACUUUCUAAAUUCAUGACGACUGUUUUCAAUACAUGUGCGGGGUUAAACAGAUACACUUUAUUAGUCUGGAUCAUCCUCUUCUUGGGGUGGACUGCAAAUUUGGCGUUUGAGAACUCCAACAGUGAAUUAUAUCAUAUUUUCAGUAUAAGUAAUGACGAAGAGUAUUGGAUCAACCCUAAAGCAAUGUUUGAACUCCAACAUUUAGUCAUUGCGUUGUCUCAAUUAACAUAUUGUUUCUACAUGUUCAAGAGACAAACAUAUCCGUGGUAUUCAAUGUUCAUCACAAAUGGGAUAUCCAGUGUUACAAUGACACUCCCCUUUGUCAUUUCAUUAGUUAUUUCGUUUUUCUAUGAAGAAAUCAAUAAAGAACUCUUUGUAAAUAUGUCAAUGAUAUUUUUAACAGUAUUUGUUGUCCCUGUUGGAUUGAACGUCGCUCAGUUGCUGAGUGUCCCUUUUGCGUUAUUAAAAAAUUUGGUUUCUGGGGAGUUCUUUGGUAUCUCUGUGGGGUUGUACAAUGCGGCGAUUAUAUUGUCCAAAUUUGUGGUGUAUGUUGUCACAUAUUUCUUGUUUAAAAACUACGAAGGCAGUAAGGGUAAUGAGGAUUUAGAAGGAAAUUAUUAUAUAAUGAUUGCUACCAGUUUGACUAUUAUACUCUAUUUGAUUACAGCAGUUGCGUCGUAUUUUUUCAAAAUUGUGUAUAAAUACAAGGAGCCAAAAUCUAUUGAACAGGAUCAAUCGCUUUCUACAUAUAAUCCAGUCGACUAG